AUGGAGAGCUCAAAAAUGCUUUCGGAUGAAGGGCAAGAAGCGAUUUUGCUAACUGUAAAAGCGCAAAUCCUUGGUGAUAACAGAUUGAAAAACGUGCUUUUAAGGUCAGUUUAUCGUGAAUUGAGACCCUCAAUUAAUGCUAUCACAUCUUUGUCAGAUUCACUUAUCAGUGAAAAAAAAAUAUUAUGCAACGAAAAAAUUCUGCGAAAUUAA